GCACUGUAUACAGGAAUUAUCUUGUUGUUUCAUUUGAUACGGCUCUGAAGAACCAGUUGACAUGUGUGGAACGAACGUGGACCUGUCAAACAAAGGGAGCGGGUGUGUCAAUCAGCUUGGCGGGGUGUUUCUGAACGGGAGGCCGCUUCCAGCAUAUAAAAGGAGGAAGAUGAUCGAACUGGCAUCGGAAGGUGUGCGCCCAUGCGAGAUCUCCAGAAUUCUGCAGGUGUCAAAUGGCUGCGUCAGCAAGAUUUUGAGCAGGUACCACAACACCGGGCUCCUGGACCCGAAGGCGACCGGAGGGAGUAGACCUCGACUCCUCACCCCCGAAGUCAUCUCGAAAAUAAUCGAAUGCAAGACGAAAAACCCAACAAUAUUCGCCUGGGAAAUCAGAAAAAAGCUCGCUGCCGAAAGAAUCUGUAAAUCGGCCAAAGUUCCCAGUGUGUCCUCUGUAAACCGAAUCCUCAGGAAAAUUCAACUCGACUCUGCGAUGUUGAGUGUGGAGAUUUCUGCGCACCACCCCAGAUACCCAGGUCAUCUAGUGGAGACCCCAACGCAGUCAGUAGUGAAGGAGAGGGAGGAGAUGGAGACAGUUGAGGUGAACGAGCUCCAGCCUCCCGGGCACCAGCAUCGCAACCGCACCACCUUCACCCUGGAGCAGUGCAGAGCCUUAGAGCAAGAAUUCACACGGAGCCACUAUGCAGACACGUUCACCAGGGAAAAACUGGCAUCUGAGAUCCAACUUCCAGAGGACACCAUCAAGGUGUGGUUCUCAAACAGAAGAGCAAAAUGGAGGAGGGAAGCCAAAUAUAAGAGCAGUGUCCACGGAGCACAUAGUGAGUGUGUGUAUUUUUGUUUAUUAUGGAUCCCCAUUUGUUGCUGCCAAGGCAACAGCUACUCUUCCUGGAGUCCAGCAACAUUAAGGCAGUUAUAUACUAUUUAAAAAAUUACAUGACAUUAUAUUUAAUAACACUUUUCACAACACAUUAAGUGUGUUCCCUCAAGUCACUACUCUGCUAUCACAUCUCUACAGUA